AUGGGAAAGGGAGAGCAGUGUCCCCUGCAGUCCAUUCAUGAGUAUUGCAACCAGUCGAUCUAUAUGCCUAACAUGAAUCUGAGUGAUGUAGCUUUCUCUCUCCUUUUCAAGAUUAUCUUCUACGAAGGCCGCAACUUCCAGGGCCGCCACUGGGAGUGCAGCAGUGACUGCAUGGACACCUUCAAGCACUUCAACUGCUGCAACUCCAUCCGCGUGAGCGGUGGUCACUGGGUGGCCUAUGAGAAGCCUCAUCAUAUGGGUUACCAGUACAUCAUUGGCCCCGGCGAGUACGCUGACUACCACUGCUGGAUGGGCUUCAACAACUGUGUUCGCUCCUGCCAGAUGUACCCCCCUUAUAGGGGAUCCUACAAGAUGAGGAUCUACAACAGGUCUGACCUGACGGGACACACAAUGGAGUUCAUGGACGACUGCCCCAACCUGUACGACCGCUUCCGCUACCGUGACAUUUACUCCUGCAACAUUAUGGAGGGUUUCUGGAUCUUCUACGAGCACCCUAACUACAGGGGACGCCAGUAUUUCCUGCGCCCCGGAGAGUACAGGGCCUGCAGUGACUGGGGCUGCCACAACCCCAUCGUGGGCUCAUUCAGGAGGAUGAGGACUGUCAUGUAA